UUAUGCAGUUUAUAAUUAAAUUGUCAGUGAUAGUGAAUUUGAUGUCUCCUAUCUUAAGUGGCUGUUUGCAAACAACUGAUUAUGGGAAAAACUGGACCGUACUUGUAACGACUUACAGGGCUUACGCCAUCGGAGAUGCAUAUAAAGAUUUGUUUCAUUUAACAGAUGGAAUUUACACGUAUUGCCAUGUUGCAGGGGAUUGUAAUGUAAACAUAGAUCCGAUUAUGAAUUUAAAGAAGGAAUUUUAUCAAAUUAUGUUUAGAAAUAUAGUUCAAGACUAUUUAAGAUCAAAUUAUUUGCAGUUUAUUAUUGUAACUUCCUUACCAAUAAAUAACUACACAAUUCAGUUGAUUCCAAACGACCUGAAUAAGUUUCGUCAAGGUUACCACAUAAACAUAAUGUACGGUAUUUUCUUUUUGUGGGAUCCUCGACAAGAUAGAGGUUAUUUCUGUUACGAAGGUCCUGCGAGGGAGUCUGUUUUAAACACGAACCAAUUAAGUCAUUAUCUAACAUUUCAGAAUCCACGUAUUGAGAUCACAUUAGAGCGGAGUGAGAAAAAAGUGUUAAACUCAUGGAAUACGAAAAUAGACUAUGUUUUUCUUUUAUAUGAAACCAAUUGCUAUCUUCCCAUAUCAUUUUUAAAGAUUGUAUCUCUUCUAAUUUUCAAUUUGCCCCCUACUCCACCAUACUGUAAAAAUACAUCGGAAAAAAUUGUGCAUGACGCAACCACAUCCACCGAAAGAUAUUACGAGGGAAAAACAGAUUUGACUAAUAUUAUAAUAAUAAUCAGUAUUCUUGCUUUCGUGCUUGUGUUCUUUAUAAUAGUAUGCUGUAUACGAAGACAUGGAAUUUUUGCUUACUUUUCUUCGAAUUGGUGUAGGAAAAACGAGCUCGAAGCUAGACGAUCUUUACUUCCCAAACAAAUAAUCAACAAUGAUCAAAUGAACAGGGCUUAUUUGGAACCUUUGGAGCUACAUAUAUAUUCUGAACCAGGCACUAGACAAGAAAAGUUUUAUGAUACUCACGGAAAUAGAAUUCCCCUAGAAACUAACGACCAAAACCAAAGUGAAAUUCGGUAUGAUUACGCAUAUUCACAUAAAAAUUCUUCAAAUAUACAAGGAAAUAAUUCAACAGACUAAAUCCCACAGACUUCUAGACAUACUACAUAGAACAACAGAUGCAGAUAAUCCUUAAAUAGUAGACCAGGAAAGUAAGGAUUUUCCCUAGAUACUAUUUCGUUGCAUUGGAAUAACAAAGUUCUAACUGCCCCAGGUGCCAUUUUUAGUUAUGACUGUUUAAAAUUUCUAUGUUAUGUAUUUAUUUUACUAUUAUCGCCACUUUUAUGUGUUAACAAUGUAAAUUUAAAAAAAAAUUAUAUAUUUUUAUAAACAGUAAAAGGUUAUUCAAUAGUUAAUACAAAGGAGUUCUGAUUUGAGAAAUGAAUUAAACUUAUUUAAUCAAGUUCUAUUUUCCACAUAUACUUUUGUUUAACAAUUAGUAUAUAAUAAAACAACUUCUAGUUAGUUAAAAAAGUCUUAUUGUUAACUUAUAAACACUUUUAGUUCUUGCAGAUAAGACCUUGUGUACUUAGUUGACUGUUUUUUUAUAUCAGUUAGAAGCUUGUUAACAUUUAAAAUUUUCUGAGAUAGAACCUUGUAACUUACGUAUUUCAGCCACCUGUUAAUAGAUGUGGGUGCUAGUAUCAUAUUAAGGUGAAGAACAAAUAAAACCAAGUUACAUAAAAAUCUCAGUUUAGACAAAAAUUGCAGAUAGAACCUUGUUAUUCUGACGCAACGAUUUGAUACAUACAGGGUGAGGCAGAUAAACGGCCAAUUAGAAAUAUGUAUCUACAGAACUAAGGGUAACUCAAUCAUGAAAAUUGGAAAUAAGGGGUUUUGAAGAGUCUAUUGUUUAAGGAAAAUAUUUUCAUUCAUCUCCUACUUCCGGUUAUACCGGAAGUCGCUUAUAGCUCUGGUUUUGUUAGUGGGACAGUUAGGGACACUAUAUAUUUUUUUAUAUUUUUGGAUUCUCGAUAUCUUUUUUCUUAACCCUUAAACGCCCAAGGAUGGGUAAAAGAUGUCCACCUAAUGCGUAUUCUCUUGUAACAUAUUUAUUACGUGUUUAAAAAUUUUUCAAAAAUAAUUUAUUGUUAAAAAGACAGCCCUUUAUCGAAUGUUAAUUUGGUUCUACCGAUAUUUUUGAAAAUAAAAGUAAUAUCUUGAGUUAAAUGUGGGUGGUCACAAAAAGUACACCCUUGGUAAAACUUGUUACUAAAGGUUUCUAUAUUAUUUUUAUAUUAUUUUAUUAUUCUAUAUUAUUUUUCUUUGGUAGGAAUAUAAUCCAUAUAAUUAUCGACGUAUAAUUACAUAAUCGACAUAAUUAUCCGCCAAUGAGGAGGCUAAAAGGAAGAAUGUGAAGAAAAUCGACAAAUUCGAAUUACUCUCUUUUACUGGUAUAUUAAUUUUUAUGUACAUUGUAAUUUUGUUGUAAGGUUUGUAAAUUAUUUAUAUUUAUAUUUUAGAAGAUGCUGUGUUUAUUAAGCAUUAGAUUCUUAAGUUUAAUCCAUUUCCAACAACUCUUAAUAAAUAUAUUAGCUAUUUUUGAGGUGGACAUUUUUUACCCACCCUUGGGCAUACAUGGAACCUAAAAAAGGUUGGGCGUUUAAGGGUUAAACCAUGAGGUUUUGUGAUGUUAUACGGAAUAGUUUAAAAGAUAAUUACGUUUUUUUAUUAAUCUCGUAGCAACACACAUCCUGUAGAACUGUUUUGACAUCAAAAACUUUAUUUGUGUUCAAAUGAUUUUAAAUACAGUCUAUUAUUGUUAAAAAUUAUUAAUAUGGCGAAAUGUUUUAUUUUAGUAUAGAGGGUUGGCCGAAACUAGUAAUGAGUAUUUUCUGAGUUUUCUAAGCGGGACCUGGAUCCCGCGUACCAAAAAAAAAUUAAUUAUUAACAAGCUGGAAAUUUGUUAAUACUUUAACGGUGUCUAGUCGAACAAAUUUUCAUGUACAGGAACACUGGAACAGAGG